AUGCACCUCCCCAACCAACCUUUCUCUCCCACCUCACCAUCCCCCUGCCGCCAACCUCUCCACCCCAACCGCCAUGACGACCCCCUGCUUCGUCCCCUCCAUCCCCGUCCGCACCUCUCUCGCGCGCCCGCAGAGCCUCUGCCGCACGGCGCCCCCUCUCCCGCGGCGCGCGCCACGAGCGGGCCUGGACCUGAUCCCGGGCGUGCCGCCGGGCGAGGACGUGCGCGACAACGCGCCGCUGCGCGACUACGUGCCGAGGCCGGUGGAGACGUACGAGCAGCGCGGCUUCGCGACGGUGCUGCCGCGCAACUGGGAGGGCGAGACGAGCUCCAUCGGCGUGGCCGACGUCGCCGACCUGAUGCCGGUGCGCGAGGACGCCGCGCAGGCGCUGGACAACGUCGACGCGGCCUCUACCGGCGCGUUCCUGGAGUACGCGCAGAGCGUCCGCAAGGAACGAGAGAUGCAGCUCGACGCGCUCAAGGAGAGGAAUGCCAUGCCGACGACCGGACGCGCAACCUGUGGCGAGGAGGAGGGUAA